GUAACAAGCGAAUCACCAACAACACCUUCAUUAUUCCCUAUCAUUCCUUUGGUGGUGAUAACUCCUUCUUCUUCUGUUAUUAAAAUGACAACACGUAAAGACAUGUUAUCUGACAAAAUGGCAUCCAAAGCUGUGACAGCAUCCAAGGCAACAGUAUCUAAAGUAAUGAUAUCAAUGGCAACGACAUCCAAAGCGAUAGCAUCAUCAAUGAUAAUGGCAUUCAAAGCGAUAACAGCAUCCAAAGCGAUGGUUGAUCAAGUGAUGGAACAUCAAGAAAGACUAGAAGCUAUGAUAAAUGAACAAAAGGGUCAGAUUGUGAAAAUAAUAUCAAGAUUGGAAAAUCUAGAUACUUUGACUGAAGUUGAAGUGAAAGAUGGCAAAGGCAAAAGAAAAAAUAAAGGGAGAAAGUCAGAAGAAUUUUAUCAAGAUGCAAUCAAAAAACUUGCUUAUGAACUAUUUCAUGAGCACCAACAAGUAAAUGACAUACAAAUGAAAAUGCGCCUUAAAGAUAAGUUAGAAAAUAACGAAGAUUCUGCCAAACAACUUCAGAUGUUGCGUUAUAGAGAUAUUUC